CCGUAGCCAUUUUGGCUCAAGCCUGGUCGGGCGCGCGCGCGCGCGGGCUCGAGUUCGAUGGCGACGGGGAGACGGCCAGAUGAUCGGCUGUCUGGAGGGCAUCGGCGGGCGCCGCGCGAGCGCCGUCAGGCUCAGCGUUGGGCCGCCCUCUCACGUGAGAGAUUGGCGCAGAGGCAGGCAGCGCAGCUCCUGGAGCUGCAGGGCCUGGCCGAGGCGCCUCCGAGCAUCCUGCGCCGCCUGGCGCUCGUUGCGCCCGUGCUUAUCGCGCAGGAGAAGGGCGAGCAGCUCCAGGAGGGCAGGAUACUAGAGCGGAACGUCGGCUGCCACGCGCAGAACCUCCCGCGGCCUGGAGCUCCGCGGCGCGCCUGGCGGAUCGCCCAGCGCGGCCCGCGGCUCCCGCGCCCGCGGUCGCUCCUGUCUGAGUCGAGGGAUUUCCCGACUGGCUCGGCGGUCUCGCACGUCGCCGACGUCGAGGCCGCCCUUCUGGCGGAUUCCGCUGCCCGCGCCGCCGUGCACGCGGAGAGCGAGGGCCACGUGCAGCCUAGCGAGUACGUGGACACGCUGCGGCGCGAUGCCGACCUCUUCUGGCCGCUUCGGCCCCCGGGACGCUGGGACGACGGCGGAGUGGUGAAGAGCGGCACCGAGGAGGUCGGCACGGGACGCACGCCGCUGAGGUCGUCUGCUGAGCCUUUCCUGCUGUCGGGCAGCGGCAGCCAGCGACGGAGCGACGAAGGCGUUUUGUGCUCUUGUGGAGCAGUUCUGUUCUCUUCCUGCCGUGCCGCCGCUGGUAUUGUGGGUAUUGUGCAGGCGGAUGAUGUGUGCCCUGGAGGUACUGCAGGCCGUGCGCCGCUGCCUCCCGCAUCCGAUGCUGACGGUGGUGCCACUGCUGGUGUGCCAGGCGCGUCUUGCGACGGCUCCGACGUCGACGACGUUACCCUGGACGGUGAGGCCGACGCGGACACCUCGUGCUCGGUCGGCGAGCCGCCAGGUGCCGACCAUGCCGGUACUGCUGCUGCAGCCGCCGCGUACCUCGCCGCCUUCCCGCAGGCCCUCUUCAGCGGGGGCGAUGGCGGCUGGGGCCGCUGCGAGGUCGCGGCAGGGGACUGGUGGCGUGCGAGGGCCGUUGUUGCCCGCGUGUGGCUCACCACAGGUGCGGCGACGGUGCAGGAGUGCGGAGCUGCUGGAUCUGCCGCCCCGCCGCCGCCGCUGCCUGACGAUCUCUUGCGGACCGAGGGCCCGAUGUCGGGGCGUGCCGCAGGCGCUGUGGCGCCGCCGCGGCUGCGGAGGGUCCGCUUCGCAGAUGCCCCGUGCGUGCUCGACAUUGGCUGUUGCUCGGGCGUGCGUGGUAUCCUUCGGCGGGAGAUCGUGCCAGGGUUUCUGGAUCCCGCUUGGACGCGCCAAGCCAAUGCUGUUGACCUGAUGCACAUGAUCGAAGGCGGCUCCUUUGGCCUCAAGGUUCCCCCCAUGCGGAGGCCGCACCAACUUCGUGCGCGAUUCGCGGAUGAGUCUCGUCUGGUCGACGCCCUCCCGCCAGGGAUGUCCGUUGAGCGUGCCAGAGAGUUGAAGCGUCUUAUCAAAUUGUGCGGAGGGCAGUAAGCUGUUGUCUCUGAAGCUACGAGGUCUGUGAGUGAGUCCUUCCUCAUCUCCUCUGCUUGGCUUCCUCUCCCGCUUGCAUUCGCAUUUUUGUAUGUGCACGUGGGCUUCGUGUGGCACUCGUUGAUCGUUGCAGUCCUUUUUUCUUCAGCUCGAUCUUCAGUGCAGCUUCGCUGCUUCUGCAUGCCUCUCGGCACCGCCCGCCCUCGUGGCCCUGGGGCCUAGGCGCCCCCGUUGGCCCUGGCGGCCUGCCCUCGGGGAGGCCCGAAGCGGCCCCUCGUGAGGGCGUGCUGGAGGUUGGCCCGAAGCGGCCCCUCGGGGAGGGCGGCCUAAGCGGCCCCUCCCGCUGGCCCUGGAGGCUCCCGUGAGAGCCUCGGGCUCGGACCUCUUUGGUCCUUUUUUCCUGCCUUUAGAGGCCCCGCCACCCACCCACCCACAAAGGAGCAAGAAGUCGCACACCGUCAUUGUAGCUGUCGCGUGCUUUUCGGACGAAUCUGCGCGGUGCUAUGAGGCGACAUCCCCAUUCUGAAGUGGAUCAGCCCUGCCUCAUUGAUAUUGUUGCAAGCUUGUAGGACGAGUGUUUGUGAGACUGUUUGUUUGCAGUCUCCGGGGGUAACACGUGUUACCCGUCCUCAUGUCACAUGUCCUCAUCCUCUCUCGCCCCCGUAACGGUAACGCUUGGGAGCUGGCCACAGGCGUGAGUCCUUGCAGUUUCCAUCGGACUGGGC